GUUCAUGCUGUACAAGCUGCCGGAGGACCCAAGCUCUGAGGACAGCCUCCUGCAGCAGGGCCUGGCUUACAUGUACCUCAUCCCUGACAGCAGCCAGCAGUCCACACCGCGGCAUCGCAGCAACAGCGACUGGCUGCUUAGCAACCGCAGCAUUGGAAAUGUGAACUCCAUGGCCGGCACCACACUCUCCAGCCUGUACCAGCAGCCAGGAGAUGAUGAGGUGAAUAAGAGCAUGGCGGGCACCACACUCUCCAGCCUGUACCAGCAGCCUGGAGAUGAUGAGGUGAAUAAGAGCAUGGCCGGCACCACACUCUCCAGCCUGUACCAGCAGCCUGNGCAGGCUGCUUACCUAGGCAGGCUGCUUACCUAG